CAGGAGGCUUGACGUCACUGAGGCGCCCUGGCUCUCCUGAGCCGCUGGUACUGCUGGUGAAGAUGGGAAAAUCAGAUAGACAUCUAUCGAGCGAUUAACAUAAAAUGACCGUUUUCGCAGCCGAUUUCCACCCACUUGACAGAGAAUUCAGCACUGGCACCGGUUUGAGCUCCACCAGGCAACGAGAAAGGCUGGUGUCAUAAUUUGUAACACUGGAUAGCUCCUGUUGGAAGAGGGAAGUCUUUUUUAUCAUGAACAUUGUGCCGACCUUCUCCAGUUGAAGCAGUGUCACCGCCGCAUUUUCACACAAUUGCUGAAAGUCACAACCACAAAAUCAGCAAGAAUAUAACAGACACUAGAGGUCAUAAUUAAGUUUUGCAGUCAGGUCCAUUCUUCUAUUUAGCAGAAGAUGUACGGUAGUGCCCGCUCUGUUGGCAGAGGGGAUGCCAACCAUAGUGGAGGAAGAGAUGGAGGUGGUACUGGUAAUCAGGGAUCUGGCCGUUCUCCUCGCCUUCCUCGCUCUCCUCGGAUGGGACACCGUCGCACCAACAGCACUGGAGGCAGUGGAGGGGGACCUGGAGGAGCGGGAGGCAAGACGCUUUCCAUGGAGAACAUCCAGUCCCUCAACGCUGCGUAUGCCACCUCAGGACCAAUGUACCUGAGUGACAAUGAGGUCGCCAUGGCAGGGGACCACCUGCCCAAAAGCGGAGGGACUGUGACGACCAUGGGGAGGCAAAGGGUGACAUAUGGGUCAAGGGGCAGCAGCAGCGGAGUGGUGGCUGCUAGCACUCCCAACAUCUCCACCUCAGUGCCUGCCAAUGCUGUGUUGCCAGCAGGAAUGAUGGCAGGUGAUGCUCUAGCUUUUGGGGACCACCACAUGGCCUCCACCGUGCCUCAUUCUCUGAGGCAGGCCAGAGACAACACCAUACUUGAUCUGCAGGCCCAACUUAAAGAGGUUCUGCGUGAGAAUGAGAUGCUGCGACGGGAAGUGGAGGUUAAGGAGAGCAAGCUAAGUUCCUCCAUGAAUUCUAUCAAGACCUUCUGGAGCCCAGAGUUAAAGAAGGAGCGAGCUCUCAGGAAAGAUGAGGUCUCUAAGAUUGCUGUCUGGAAGGAACAGUACCGUGUGAUUCAAGAUGAAGCACAGCACCUCCAGAUGACGGUUCAGGCUCUUCAGGAUGAGCUGAGGAUCCAAAGGGACCUGAACCAGCUGCUUCAGCAAGAUCCGGCGAGCCAAGGCCGGGACCUGGCCCUGUCAUCUGAACCUACAGAGGAGAACUACCGGCGGCUACAGGCCGAGCACGAGAGGCAGGCCAAAGAGCUCUUCCUCCUAAGAAAGACCCUGGAGGAGAUGGAGCUGAGGAUUGACACGCAGAAGCAAACCCUGGGAGCCAGAGAUGAAUCCAUUAAGAAACUUCUGGAGAUGCUACAGAGCAAAGGGCCAUCUGCCAAGGCAUCAGAGGAGGACCAGGAGCGGACCAGGAGACUGGCUGAUGCAGAGAUGCACAGGCAUCACCUUGAGAGUUUACUGGACCAGAGGGACAGAGAGAUUACAGCACUAAGAGAGCAGGAGCUUCACCGCCGGUACGAGGGAACCCCUGAAUCCACCAAAACUAAGGCUCUACAGACUGUCAUCGACAUGAAGGAUGCAAAAAUCAACUCUAUGGAGCGCAGCCUGAGGGACAUGGAGGAGGAGCUGCUAAUGCUGAAAUCCAAUGGACUUCUGAGCUGUGAGGAGCGUCAGGAGGAGAUGAAGCAGAUGGAGGUUUACCGCAGCCACACCAAGUUCAUGAAGAACAAGAUGGAGCAGGUGAAGCAGGACCUCUCCAGAAAGGACACAGAGCUGCUUGGUUUACAGACCAAGCUGGAGACGCUCACCAACCAGUUCUCAGACAGCAAGCAACACAUUGAAGUCCUCAAGGAGUCUCUCACUGCCAAGGAGCAGCGGGCUGCCAUCUUACAGACAGAGGUUGAUGCCUUGCGCCUGCGCUUGGAGGAGAAAGAGGCAACUCUGAAUAAGAAGAGCAAGCAGAUACAGGAAAUGUCAGAAGAGAAGGGCACGCUCAAUGGGGAAAUCCACGACCUCAAGGACAUGCUGGAGGUUAAGGAGCGCAAAGUUAAUGUGCUACAGAAGAAGAUUGAGAACCUUCAGGAGCAGCUUAGGGACAAAGAGAAGCAGAUGAGCAGCCUGAAGGAGAGAGUAAAGUCUUUGCAGGCAGACACUUCCAACACUGACACCGCUCUCACCACACUGGAGGAGUCUCUUGCAGAAAAGGAGCGCAUCAUUGAGCGUCUAAAGGAGCAGCGAGACCGAGACGACCGGGAGAAGACAGAGGAGCUCGACUGUACCAAGAAGGAACUGAAAGAGUUGAAGGAGCGACUGAGCUUAUUGCAGGGAGACCUGUCAGACAGAGAGACCUCACUGUUGGACCUGAAAGAGCAUGCGUCAUCCCUGGCCUCCUCAGGGCUGAAGAAGGACUCAAAACUUAAGAGUCUGGAAAUUGCCUUGGAGCAGAAGAAGGAGGAGUGCCUCAAACUGGAGAACCAGCUUAAGAGAGCUCAGAAUGCAGCCCUGGAAGCUCAAGCAAACACUGAGCUGGCCGAACGCAUUAAGAACCUUGAGCAGGAAGUGGCCCGCCACAAAGAAGAUUCUGGGAAGGCCCAGGCAGAGGUCGACCGCCUGUUGGAGAUCCUUCGGGAAAUGGAGAAUGAGAAGAAUGACAAGGAUAAAAAGAUCAGUGAACUGGAGAGGCAGAUGAAGGACCAGACAAAGAAGGUGGCGUCUCUGAAGCACAAGGAGCAAGUGGAGAAAAGCAGGAAUGCUCGGCUCAUGGAGGAAGCCAGAAAGAGGGAGGACAAUCUGUCUGAGACCUCCCAGCAGGUGAAGGACACUCUGCGCCAGAAGACGGAGCGUAUAGAGGAGCUGGAGGAGGCCCUGAGAGAGAGCGUUCAGAUCACUGCUGAGCGGGAAAUGGUGCUUGCACAGGAGGAGGCUGCCAGGUCACUGCAAGAGAAACAGAUGGAGGAGCUGCUGGGGGCCAUGGAGAAGGUGAAGCAGGAGCUGGAGUCCAUGAGGGCCAAGCUGGCCUCUACCCAGCAGUCUCUGUGUGAGAAGGAGGCACACCUCACAACCCUGCGAGCUGAGCGCAGGAAACACCUGGAGGAGGUGCUGGAGAUGAAACAGGAGGCGCUGUUGGCUGCUAUCAGCGAAAAGGAUGCUAACAUAGCCCUUCUGGAGUUGUCCUCCUCUAAGAAGAAGAAGACCCAGGAUGAGGUGGCUCUGCUGAAGCGGGAGAAGGAUAGACUGGUGCAACAACUCAAACAGCAGACUCAGAACAGGAUGAAGCUGAUGGCCGACAACUAUGAAGAUGACCAUCUGAAGACUGCCCCUGACCAGACAAAUCACAAACCCUCUCCAGAUCAGAUGAUACCCCCUCUUCUAGCCCUGUCCCAGAACCGCAGUAAACUCAAGCUCUACAUCGCCCACCUGACAGACCUCUGCCACGAUCGGGACCCCAGCAUCCUCAGCCAGCUCACGCCACCCUCUCACUACCACCACAGCGACCCCGAAGACUGGGAGGAGGAACUCCAGAAGAUGAAUGUCAAACAGUUGGAGCAGGAGCUGGAGGUGUGUGAGAAGGAGAGCGGGGAGCUGCAGGAGUAUGCCAACUCUGUCCUCCAGCAGAUCGCAGACUACUGCCCUGAUAUCCUGGAGCAGGUUGUCAAUGCCCUGGAGGAGUCAUGCUGACGUCUCUGACCUCAAACACAAAUCGACUGAGACCCUGGGCUUCACAUUAACCUGUAGCUGAGCCUAGGUGCCCCUACCUCCACCCACUGAGGCUCCAGGAAGGAAGGAAGGAAGGAAUGAGGGGCAUUAUAUUAACCCACUGAGCUCUAAUUCUUUGUUCCCCUUGUCUGCCCUGGAACAAACGUUCAUGACCCUUGAGUGCUUUCCUGUCUCAUGUGUCUCUCUAGCAUCAGGCGUGCAAAAAUCAAAUUAGGGAUGUUCACAAAGUCCAUCAAAGUGCUGUUAAAUAUGCCACUUUGAGCAAAUAUCAGAUUACUCACUGUAAACCGAGGUCUGCUCAUUUAUAGAUGGCCAUGGCAGAUGGCAGAGUCACAUCCAAACAUAUGUCAGGCGGGCAACAGCAUCCUGGAGGUUAGUCAAAAGUUAAAAGUCAAAAGUUCACCCUUUUGCCUCUGUGAACACACCCAAUUAGAUUUUUGCUUGUAGGAUACUUGCAAAAAUAUCAUUGCACACCUGUACGUCUGGGACAGGUGCGUUGGGAGAGAAAAGAAUUUCAGAUGAAAGAAGCAAACUUCCGCACAAAGUCUUGGAGUAUACUGCCAACCUUCCUCUCCCCAGGCGGCGUCAUUCACAGCAGGAAUUGCCAGAUCAAGCACAGUUACCUCAUCCACUGCUAUCUCAGUUUUUUUUACCCCUUAGAUUCCUCUCGCAGAUCUUUAACGUUUAAGGGGGUAAAUUUAUUCCUCACAUGGGGCAGGAAAGCACUUUUUGUCUUGGAGGACUGGGGAGCUGCUACAUCUAGAGGGGAGCAGAGAGGAGCCGAGUCCAGGGGGUAAAAUCACGGAGCCAUGUAGGUUCUUGUUUUGUAUUUCAGUCAGUGUUUCCUAAGUACUGGGUUGGAACCCAGUCACUGGUUAGAAAUACAGCUGCUGGUAGCCGAUCAUCACUUUUUAACCAAAUAACUGCAGCACGUUCUCCAAAUGUUUCCUCUCCCAGCUCGGAGCUGCGGAUCGAUGUAGCCAGGAUUAUCUCAUAGGUACGUUUUACUGCGUUGUCUGUGGCGGGGUCAUCGGCAUUAGAGGGGGGACCAAGGCCUGACCUUUGACACAGAUCAAAGAUCAGAUUUUAGUUGUAGUUUUCAACAGAUGAGAGAGAGGAGAGAAAAAAAAGCUUUUAUUCUUGAUGACGUAUUCAUUUUUAGAUGGUUUUGCACACAACGUCCACUUGUUUAUGAGGUAUGCAAUGUUUCUUUUGAGAACGUUCUAGUGGCCUUGGAGCAUGCACAGAGAUCAGUACUGGACCUAACGCAGGGAUAUUUAUUCCUCUGUAAUAUUGGUGCUAAGGCAUGAUGUAAGAAUUUCCGAUCUGAUCCACUGAUCAUUCAGUCUCAUCCAAAGUUUCUAUAGAUGUUACUUAAAGCCCGCCUGAUCUUUAUUUUGCCGACUGAAGAAUAAAAGCGACGCCCCCUUUUUUUCCUGUGUUUUUCAGAUCACUUACAAAUGCAAGUGACGCCUCCUUUUAUUGUAUUUUUUGAAAUCUUCAGGGCUGAGGUUUUUAAUUACUAAGUGCAUCUACAUUUACAGGAAAUGAAAGUCACUUUUCAGCAGAUUUUGACUUUUUAAGAUCAGUUUGUAAAUAACGUGAUAUUUAACACGUACAGUGACUGAAUAAAGGUAAUUAAGUGGAAGGUGUUGUGCAUUCUUUUAAAAAAUCAGAAAAGUUAAAAGCAGUGCAGUUGUCCUUUGUGUCUAAUUUUGUCAUCAGGACAAAAUGUGUGUGUGUGACAGUACUGCCAUAACUUGCGGAAAGUCAUGUUCAAUAGAGAUAUAUAUAUAAAUAUAAUACAUAUAUAUAAAAAUGUUUACUGUAUGGAUAUGCAUUGAAUGUUUGCACAGAAUCUUGAAGAGUGAGCUGCUCUGAACAAAAAGACCAUCGAGUUAGUGUCCUCAGCCGAGACUGAGGAGAGAAGUGUCAAAAAAAACCCAACAACUUUUGUGUCAAAAUAAUGUGUGAACUACAAAUGUUUUCAAACCGUGACUGUGUGAUGGAAGAGUACUUUUCUUGCAUUUAUUUCUAAUUGUCAUUUUUUAAAAUAUAUUUUCACCACAUGGUGAUGUAAAUGUAUUAUCCUGAGAUUCCAGUGUUGUUGUCUUUUGUUUGUUUUCUUCUUACCUGUUCUGUCAUGGUUGAUGUCAAAGGCAGUAUGUUGCCUGAUGGAUUAAAAAAAAAAAAAAAAAAGUCACCAACUGUCAUGGCCCUCCUGCUGUUACAAGAGGAACAUAAUGUUACAGAACAAAACAGUGAAACACUGCGUCAGUAUACGUCUAAAAAUAGAUGAAGUUUUCUAACAAACUUCCUAUGUGUGGUCAAUUUUACGGAUAAAUUUAGGUGGGUGGAUUUUCAAAUUGGACUGACAGUGUGUUGUACUGAAAGCAAAAUACACCCCUAGUUUUGGAGGAUUUUAGUUGGAUGCUUGUUUUUGUACUUCUUGUCAGAAGCUUGUUUCUCCUAACCCCUUUACUUUUCACCACUGGGUUCAGAGAAUAACGAAGGCAUUUUAAAGUGUUUUAUUUCCCUUACUUUGGCCUGUGUGUCCCUGCCCUUGCCUUAACGUCUCGUCAUCUCUUUUUCUCGACUCCUUAUUGAGGAACACAGAGCUGAUUAAGGGGCUUCUGUCAAGUUCAUGGUAUUUGUUUCUUUUCUUUUGCAUUUGUAUGAGAAAUGUACUGCCUUCUGUCUGUUUGUGUUAAGAAUCAAACUGUGUAAAAAGAAAGCAAAACAGACAUGUUUGUGAGUUAUUUGGAUUUUGUAUGUAUGUAAAUAAAUAAAUUAUAAGCCUUG